AUGCAUUUUUUGAUAGCUGGAAAAGAUCCAGGGUGUGCCGUGGAUAUUCCAGGGCUUUGCUAUAGUUUUUCAUUUGAACCAUGUUCCGACUUUACUCAGAUGUUUCCGCCUCAACAGGAAAUUCUGAAUUAUUUGUCUACCGUGGUCACAAAAUAUCGGGUGGAUCAACAUUUCACUGGACAGGUGGAGUGGAUUGAUUCUACUUGGCAAGAGAAAACCCAGAGGUGGAUUGUUACAUUGCAGUGCCUCAAAACAAAACAGCUUUUCACUCAGGAGUGUCAGGUUCUGAUAUCGGCAGUUGGCGGCCUGGUCAAUCCAUCCGAAUUUAAAGCGCCCGGCGUAGAGCACUUCCAAGGAGAGAUCAUCCAUACUGCCAGAUGGAAUCAUAAUGUUGAUCUAACCAAUAAAAAUGUGGCCGUGAUUGGGAAUGGAGGUACUGUAUUUCCUAGGUGCCUGCCACGAUUACCCUUUGACUCAAUACUGACAGAAAAUACAGCAUCUGCCGCACAAUUGAUACCAGCAAUCAUUGGCAAGACAAAAUCAGUCACACAAUUUAUGAGGUCUUCCCACCAUCUCGUCGAGGCGAAGAAUCAUAUGAUAUCUCGAGAGUGGAGAGACUGGUUCCACCAGUUUCCUUUUUUACUCUAUUUGAUUCGUAUGUUUCUUUUUCUCUAUAUGGAAAUCAUGUGGUUCAGGUUUCAGAAUACGCGACUCGGGAAAUUUGGACGGGACUCUGUUGAGAGAAAGAGCCGAGAAAGUCAGCGCCCGAGACGAGUCUUCGACCGAGGAUAUCUCGCCACUCUUCAUGAGAGUAAUAUGCAUUUGACAGAUGAUCCCAUCAUGAAAAUCACAACAAAUUCCAUCAUCACGAAAUCUGGCCAAGAAGUUCCUGUUGAUGUCAUCCUUCUUGCCAAUGGCUUCUCCCUCACUCAGUACGAUACGGAAAUCCGAGGACGCCAAGGCAAGACGCGAGAACAGCAUUGGAAAGAAUAUGGGCACAAGGCGGCUUUCAAAACAAUUGCGAUGCAUGGAUUCCCCAAUUUCUUCUAUAUCCUUGGACCUAACUCCGGUCGGCUGUAUACAUCCACUAUUCAGAUUAUUGAGAGCGAGGUGGAUAUGGUUAUCAAAGUUAUCGGGCCUAUAAUGCUCCGCCGAGCUGCCUCCGCCGAGGUCAAAUCAAGCAGCGAACAACAAUACGAUGCAAAGCUUCAUCGCGCUAUUGAUAACACGGUGCAUAAUAGUGGCUGUGGAAGUUAUUUUAUAGAUAAAGGGUCUGAGAAGAACUGGUUUGUAUAUCCAUGGAACACACUUUAUCUCUGGUAUUCAAUGCAUUGGAGUGCUAGUGAUCGGGACUGGAUCUAUAGAUGCUGA